AAGCCUGAAACGCAACACCCUGUGGGUACUGCCUCUCCCCUGGGCUUCACCUGUCUCCACCACCACAGAGGACGCGGAGAGUAAUCAGAGGAGCAUCAGUGAGACAUAUGGGCAUCAUGGAUCUGCAACAGUGCAUUAACCGUGCCAUCAAGACCACGGGGCGAGACACUCUGGCUCUUGUCUACAGUGAAUUGUUCCCAAAGACCCACCCUGGUAAGACUCCCUACGAGGUCCUCAUAACCAACACCCAGGCCAAGGAGAGACUCUCCCGCAACCCCUUACUAGAAAAGACAAUCAGAGAGAACAAUGUGGAUAAGUUUGAUGUGACGACACUCUACUUGUUAUUGCGUUUUUCUUGUGGUCUCUCAUCCAAAAUGGACGCUUGGAAGAACCCUUCACGUUUAGAAGGUAACAUUGACAAGCUGAGGAGGCUGCGGAAUGCAGAUGGUCACUGGACAGAAAAUGGAUCUGAAGAUGACCCAGAGGACACCUGGGAUGCGCUGGUCGAGGCUAUCAUCAAAAUCGUCAUGCUGGGCGGCUUUAGGGCUUACCUGUCCAAGAUCAUGAUGGAACUAGCGGACUUAAGAAGAACUGUCCCUAACAGGGAGCUAGUACACAUCAUUCCUAAGAAGAAGGAUGUACUAAAGAGCGUCCAGAAAGAGCUUCUUGAGACUUACAAGAGGAAACAAAAGACAACACUCAUGCCCCUUGUGUGGGGCGGAAGAAACUUCAGUUUUCAUCACCAUGUUGAUGAGACUUAUACCAGAACCAGACUUACACAGCUCAGCUGUGGGAUGGUGAUAGAAAUGGAUGGAGACACCAUGUUGGAAAAAAUUGGGUCAUCGAGGAUGAUAAUACUUCAGGGAGAGACUGGCACAGGCAAGACCUCUCUCCUCCGCCACUAUGCUGCCUCCUGGGCUGCCAACACACACACUAACAUUCCAGGUCUCACCAGGGUGGAAUACCUUGUUUUUCUAGACUGUACAGCAGUCGCUAAGAGAACCUUCACACUCUCUGAUAUAAUUCAAGAAAUUCUCCCAAACACUUACAACAUUAGCAAACCCUCAAUCAUUCUCAAGAAGCUGUCGGAAGCUCAGGACAAAGUGAUGUUCUUGAUUGAUGCCUUCGAUGAAAGGCUUGAGGCCUUCAUGAAUGCUUUCAAAGACCUUCAGAAGAAGUGUUCAAAGGCCCUCUUUGUGGUGACAACGAGGCCCCAUUGCACAGUGUCUGUUACUAAAUUGUGCGAAGAGACGCCUGUGGUGGUGACGGCCCACGGCUUCAGUCGCUCAAGUGCCUUUGACUUUGCUACUAAACUCUUCAAAGCACAAUGUAAAGACAACGUAAAGGAGUUCUUCAGUGCUGUCUCACCAUAUGAGGAACUGAUAGCUAUUCCACAGCUCUUGUGCUGGGUGGCUGAUGUGACCCAUAUCUGCCUUCUGUCCUGGCCCAAUCUAUGGUGGUUAUCACUAGACAGGUGUCAUAUCAAAUAUACCUUUCACCUUCCUUCUAGACUGAAGAAGUUAACUAUGACAGAAUGCACUGGUUUGGAAUACAUAAUUUUCCCCAGUAGCCUGAAAAGUGUAAAACUUCAGAGCAUGAUUCUAGAAAAGCAAACUCUGCCAUCUACCAUUGAGACUAUUGUAUUAGGAGAAUGCAAAUUCAAGAACCUGGCUUUCUUACCAUUGAAUGUUAAAAAACUGAAAGUAAAUGACUGUGUAGUACAAGAAAACUUAAAUUUUUCAAUUUUGCCAAAAGAAACUCCAAAAAUAAAUAUUUCAAGGUACUUUAAGACAGGAAGCAGCACGGAGAUAAUAUUAGCUGUUGCACAAGUUGUCUCCUCCUUACGACAUCUGCAAAGUCUUAGCAUCACCGAUGAUGAUUUGUCGCCUGAAGCUUUCAUCAACUUCUUCUUCGACUACCAUGAGAAAAGACCAAGGGCACGGCUAGGGGUGGAGAGUUUGUGUAAGCUGACCAAGGAUAGUAGUAUGGCUAAGUUGAUUGCUUCUGCCAUUAUGGCCUCAAGUGUCCCCGUCACUGUCAAGUUCGGAGACAAUAUUAUCUCCAACCUUUGUUCUACAUAUGGAUGAGCCUCUACGCAGUGUAACUUCACUAACAAGACUUGAACUUUCGCAUAAUGUGAGACCAAGAAGACUUGCUCUCUAAACGUGAGAAAUCCAGUCUCUUGUGUUGGUCCAAGUUUAUAGCUGACCCAUCAGUGGGGUCUUGACAGCCAAAUCAGAUCUUUCCACAUCUCUUGUGAAUUUGUCAAUUUUCGCGUGUGGACAGGUCUUUGUAAAUGGGAAAAUUAUGUAGGGAAUGAGCAGCGCAAGUUCAACAACUUGACUGUCAGUAUUAGUUUCAAGCUUGAUAAGACGAGGUCCUCAUAUAUACGUAUAUAUAGACCAUCUUACACUAUCAAGAACAUUUCAUUAUUAACUCACAAUUUGGAGAGGAAGCUUUAGAUGACGUUACACUUCAGUUCAUCCUGAACCACUAAAUCACUUCAAAUUACCGAAGCAUCGUGGAAAGGUUUCUCACCAAAUUGUGGGUUAAUUGUGAAUUAUUUCAGCUAUGGUAUUGUGACUUUUUAUAUCAAGACCUGAGAAUGAUUUACGCUUAGAAAAGUUACUUUUAUAAGUGCAAUGAUUUCAUGUAUCAAUUCAACAAAGGAUUUCACAUGAAGCAGAGUCUCACUCGUUGAACUAUGAUUACUGUUGGCUUUAUGUUUAUGUAUCAAA